AUGCCGGAAUCAACUACCCGGGACUCGCAUCCUCGGUUAUCUUCCGCAGACAUUGUUGCGGUUACAACCGAGAUGCGUCUUCGACAGCAAGGCCGAAAAAAUCGAGCAGCUAAACCAAAAGACGAGUCCGACGACGCCAAACGCGAGCUUGUCAUGGAGGAGCACAAGCAGAGUCCAGCUGAAAUUUUUGCUGACUUGGGUUCAGACCCUAUAAACGGCAUGACUCAACAUGACGUUCAGGGUCGUAUUGAAUCUGAAGGGCUCAAUCGGUUGACACCGCCAAAGCAAACGCCGGAGAUUGUGAAGUACUUUCGUGAACUGACAGGCUUGUUCAGUCUUUUGUUGUGGGUUGGCGGGGCUCUCUGCAUCAUAAUAUAUGGUCUGCAGGGUGACCCCAACAAUCUAUAUCUGGGCAUAGUGCUAUUCUUGGUGGUCAUCAUCACUGGCACAUUUUCAUACUUUCAGAAUGCCAAAUCAUCAAAUUUAAUGGAGUCAUUCAAACAAAUGAUGCCCACGGUCACGACAGUGGUCAGAGAAGGAAAGUCUCAAAAGGUUGAUGCAACACAGCUUGUUCGGGGAGAUAUCAUCUUAUUGAAAGGCGGCGACAAAGUGCCUGCUGAUAUUCGCGUUCUUGAGUGCUCUGAUGAUCUGACUGUAGACAAUUCAUGUUUAACUGGUGAACCCGAACCGUUGAAACGAGUUCCUGAUUGUACGGAUGAAAACCCACUUGAGACGAAAAAUUUGUGCUUUUUUGGUACAUUCAUUCCUCAAGGUUCUGGCAAAGGUGUUGUGUUACGAGUGGGAGACAAGACUGUCAUGGGACGUAUUGCAAAGCUAGCAACUACUACAGGCCAGAACAUGACGCCCAUUGCUCGCGAAAUUAACCACUUUGUUCACAUUAUCGCAGUUGUGGCUGUUGUUAUAGGUGUCAUUUUCUUCAUAAUUGGUAUCUUUCUCAAAACUGAUUACGUUACAAAUGUCGUUUUUAUGAUUGGAAUCAUUGUUGCGAAUGUCCCGGAAGGUCUGUUAGCAACGGUGACAGUUUGUUUGAGUCUUGCUGCAAACAGGAUGGCCCACAAGUCGGUUCUUGUUAAAAAUUUGGAAGGUGUCGAGACUUUGGGCUCCACUAGUUGUAUUUGCUCUGAUAAGACUGGCACAUUGACUCAAAAUGUCAUGACGGUUGCACAUGUGGUCUAUGACAACAAAAUUUUUGACGCUGAAUGCUCUAUUACUCCAGUUGGAAAUUACGAUUUGAAUUCUCCUUCGUUUCAGGCAUUGCAGCGCUGCGCAACGAUUUGCAAUAACGCCGUCUUUGACGAAGACUCUAAAUACGAAAAAGCAGUUGGCUCGGAUGGGCUGACUGCACGUGGUAAGCGAAAGCCGUUCAAGGAGACUGUGUCGAUGGGUAACGGUUUUACUAUGGAGAAAGUCGCAUGGGAUACCAUAGGCGAUGCUUCCGAGUCUGCUAUGAUUAAAUUUUGCCACGACAAAAAGGAUAUUAUUGAAUACCGUGAGGAAAAUGCAAAGAUCAAAGAGGUUCCGUUUAAUUCAAAGAACAAAUAUCAGUUGUCAUUGCACAAGCAAGACAAUGACGAUAGCAAACCAAUCUUGAUGGUGAUGAAGGGCGCUCCCGAGCGAAUUACAGCUCGUUGUGGAUCGGUAUUGAUCGGAGGAGAAGAGGUUCCAAUGACUCCCGAGCGCCUUGCUGAAGUCGAGGCGGCUCAACUUAAUUUGUCAAAGAAAGGAAUGCGAGUGCUUGGAUUUGCUCAGAAGAUCCUUGACCCUGUCAUUUAUCCCGCAAAUUACGAUUUCAGUACCGACAAUCCAAAUUUCCCGCUUGGUGAGAAGGAUGUUGACUACGAAAUGACGCCAAAGCCAGAUCCGAAGAUCGAAGAGUCGUUGUGUUUUAUAGGUUUGAUGGCUUUGAUUGAUCCCCCGCGUCCUGAAGUGCCGAUCGCUGUAGCAAAAUGCAAGACGGCAGGCAUCCGUGUCAUCAUGGUGACUGGUGAUCACCCGGUCACUGCCAAAGCUAUUGCGCAUAAAGUCGGAAUACUAUGGGGACCCACGUGUGAAGAUAUCGAAGAAGAAAAUCAGGAACGCGGGCUUAACGAGGGUGACAAUGGAUGGAUUGAUCCAAAAACUGCUCCGGCCAUUGUUGUGCCCGGAUGGACAAUAAGUAUGGAUACGUCGGUAGAAGAAUGGGAUCGUAUUUUGGAUCACAGACAGAUCGUGUUUGCACGAACGUCUCCUCAACAAAAGUUGAUUAUUGUAGAGAAUUGCCAACGUCGUAAGGAGAUUGUCGCAGUGACGGGUGACGGUGUGAACGACUCACCAGCUUUAAAGAAAGCGGACAUUGGCAUCGCGAUGGGUGUAAUGGGCUCUGCCGUAUCAAAGGAAGCUGCUGACAUGAUCCUGUUGGAUGACAACUUUGCAUCCAUUGUGUGUGGAGUCGAAGAAGGACGGAUUAUCUUUGACAAUCUGAAGAAGUCGAUUGCUUACGCUCUGGCUGCUAAUAUUCCGGAGCUGGUGCCGUUUUUACUUUAUGCUACAGUUCGCUUGCCGUUACCGCUUACGACUGUGCUAAUGCUUUUAAUAUGUCUUGGUACCGAUAUGAUCCCUUCUAUUGCUAUGGCUUAUGAAGGCGCUGAGAACGACAUAAUGCUGCGCGCCCCGAGAAAUGCGGAGUUUGAUCACUUAGUGACUAAGAAGCUGGUUUUCUUUGCUUACGCUUUGGUAGGUAUUAUUGAGGCUGGUGCUGGCAUGUUCACUUUUCUAGCUGUUAUGAAUGACUACGGCUAUGCUCCCAAGAUUUUGCCUAAUCUCGGCUUUUAUGACCGCUUUGGAAAGCAAGUCUUAUGGUGUCAGACAGAAGGUGGCCGAUUUUGCACUGCCGGUGGCAAAUUUAAGAAAGGGGAUGAUUUUGUUUUUCUUGGUGCUGCUACUGGAAAUGCUGAGGGAUCUCCUGAUUGCCAAGACGAGUAUGACGAUACCAUACCAAGUGGGGGUGACAUUUUUGAUGCCCACAUUUUUUACGAUCCUACUGGAGGUGGCAAGGUGAUUGAGUGUCAGUUUCCACUGCAAAAUCUUGAUACUGAAGCUAACAAGCCGACGGAUUUUGACCGCACUAACCCAAAAACAUUCGAGAGUUACACGCCGACACCUGUCGUUUCGUUUCAGUCUAUGGAAGCUGCAUGGCUUAAUGGUUACCGCCCGUAUUACCCGAUGGCAUCGCGACGCUCGUCAUUUUUCGACAUGAAAUGGUUUGCCUACGAGACAACUCAGACUGGCCCACCGGGUCUUGUCACAAGCAUUUCAGACGAAAUUUUUAGCUCCUUUCAGCCUCUAUCUGUCUGGGCUAUUACCGACAACACAACUUUGGGAGGUGAAGUUUCAGCUCUUGUUGGAGCUCGCGAUGCAUUUGGUGCUACGGAAGUUACCGCUGUGGAUGCCGCGGGCAAACGUACAACCACAAAGUUUUUGCUGUCGGACGACAAAUCUUACAAGGUGGGUAAGAGCUUUGACAAAAUUAAAAAGGUCGAUGGGUCGAAUCCGUGCAGUGGGGAGCAGUGUCUUCUGGACUAUCAUGCUGGAUUUACACGCCGUGACGAUGACGGCAAGGCUGGAGAUGCAAUGGGCUAA